UUUUAAAAAUUGUUAAUUGUUUUCAAAAUAAAAUUGAACACUUCUCGUUUCGUGUUUGGCUAAAAAAAUAACAAACUUAUAGGUAAAUUAUUAUAUAAACUAAGUUUAUCGUUUUAAUUAAAAUGGACCCUAUUGCAGUAUUACAAAAUCGCAUUGAACAACUAGAGGCAAAAUUAGGCCUUGGAUCUCACGCCCAAGGCUUGGACGGUCAACACGGUGAUUCCAUCGCGACCAACUUGUUAAAUGCAGCUCAAGCAAUUAACAACGCAACUGCCGGGCACGAGAAACUAUCUGCAAUUAAAAGCAUAGCAAACGAACUCAAUAACUAUACAGAUCCAAAUUUAGUUGAGAAUUUGCAACGGAAUAACAACAACAUGAACGAGGUGGUGGCAGCUGAACCAAUGAUUCAACACCAUUGUCACUGCAUGCAGAGAUGCAAACAGGCUGCUCCUGUACUUGAGUCUGAGCCGCUGCAGCAGGUCCCUCAAAUGCAGACUUUGGUGGACAGCAUGUAUAAUGCAGCUAAUGAGGUCAAAGCAGAUGCAGAUGUGGUUGCACAAGGCAUUCAAGAAUUGGCUGAAACCUGUGGCGCUGCAGCAUCAAACGCUUCUGAGCAACUGGCCAAUGUGGCCAAGAAAGUUGACCAAUUAGAGGAGAAAAAGUUCCCGAAGAGAAGAAAUGGCCUUGACUAGAAUGCCCUUAUGCUAUGUUAUUGUAGAAUAAUUAUAAUAAUUUUAUUUAUAAUCAUAAUUAUUAUAAACGCAACUUUAUACUAAUAAUGAAAGUCAGCUCUUAUUAUAUUUAUUUCAGCAACAUAAUUUGUCUUUUUUG